AACUUAUUAAAUAGACUACCCAUGAUAAGCUCUCAAUGAUGCAUAACCUUCUUCUGAAUGGGCGCACUUUCAAAUGCUUCAUAGCUUGUUUGAUUCUUCUGGCUUACGCAGAGAGAGUCUCAGGUGUGUUGUAUCAUUACACAGUGGCUACUCAACCUACAGAUGGGAUGUACCAAUUGUUAGAAUCAGCAGAAAACAACAAUAUCACAGUCAAUGUGUUGGGUCUCAAUUCAGACUUCGACUUUGUGGACAUGGAGAGUGCAGAAGGUGGGGCAUUCAAGCUCAAAGUACUCCAUCAGGAACUAGUUAAACUCAAGCACAAGUUGACAACUGCAGAUGAGCAUGCAAAGUGCUCAUCAAUGGACAAUAAAGGAUGUGAGAUGAAGACUGGCAAUACAAAUAAUGCUGGUUUUGAAGGAGAUGAAACAAAGGAGAACGAUGAAAUGGAAAACAAGCAAAAAAUCAAUUUGGAAGACGUGAAAAUUAUCUUCACUGAUGCUUAUGAUGUGAUCUACGUGGGCGGUGGAAUGAGCGAGAAGAUUGAGGCUGCAUUUGAUGGGCACCAGGUGGAUGUUCUAUUUGGAGCAGAAGUGUUCUGCUGGCCAGACGACGAACUAUCUGUGGAAUAUCCUGAAGUGGAGUCGCCUUACAAGUACCUGAACUCCGGAGGGUUCAUUGGUAAACUGUCUGCGAUCCUUGAACUUCUGUCUGGAGUGGAAGACCUGAAGAACCACGAUGACGACCAACGCUUCUUCACCCACAAAUACUUGAGCAAUCUAAUUGAGAAAAAGUAUUCUAUUGGUCUUGACACUUCAGCGAAGAUAUUCCAGAAUCUUAAUGGGGCCUAUGAACACGUGAAUUUAUUCGUGGAAGACGGAACUACUGAAUAUGGCAAGAAGGUUGUGCUAUGGAACGAAAUGACGGACACUAAGCCAAUGGUGUUGCAUGGCAAUGGAGCUUCAAAGAAUUUCCUGAAUUUUUACUUGGCCAACUACAUACUACCGAAAGAAGAGAUUCCUCGUUCAGACGAGUUGUUAUGGGAUCUUGCUAUCGACAAUGACGGUAAACUACCCACGAUACUCGUGAGUCUGAUCUUCGACAGUCAGUACCCUUUCUUGGAAGAGUUCUUUGCCAAUUUUGCCAAGUUGGAGUACCCUAGGAAGAAACUCAUUGUUCAAGUUGACAUUUUGCGUCCCGCUCUUCCUCAGAGCCAAAAGAUAACCCGACUCAGUGCACAAUAUUUGCGAGGAAUGAAACACACGAUCUUCUUCUGUGCCGAAGAUGACGAAGAGUGCGACGUGAGGGCUACGAUAUUCAGUAUUUUGCACGAAAUACACACUGAUCAGAAACACUCGAAUCCUGAAAAACCACAUCUGUUGCUGUUAGAUCCAUCGAUACAUAUAACCAACAGCAAGAUGCUUUUGAUACUCAUCAAAACUGAAUUGAAGAUUAUGGCCCCUAUUGUGAGUCAUGAUGGUUCUCUGUGGAGCAAUUUCUGGGGUGCAGUUAACGAGGAUGGUUAUUACAGCCGGGCGUUGGACUACGUAAACGUUGUCAACAGACAGUUCAUAGGUGUUUUCAAUGUGCCUUAUAUAACGGGAAUUGUGAUGAUCAAAGCGGAUGCCAUUGCGAAUGUUUUGAACACUUUAAUGUCGUGUGCGAGUCUGGCCAAUAUCAGGGACAUGGACAUAUUCUUUGCUGCAUGUCUCCGAAAGAGAGGUGUGUUCAUGUCUGCAUUUAAUGAGGAGACGUAUGGCUACCUGGUGACUAACAAUGACUACAUUGCAGUAGACGAGGAAGAAGAAAGCAAAACAGGAUACGAAAGAGAGCUGUUCGCAUUCUUCGACGCCAUGACUCCUUGGAAAAAUAGGUAUGUCGACAUGGACGCUUAUAACGAACUGACGAGCAAGAAAUUCAUCAGCCAAAUGGACCAGCCCUGUCCUGAAGUGUUUCGCCUAAAACUGUUCAACGAGAAGUUCACGAGGUCCCUGAUCAACUUGGCAGAACACGUGAACGAGUGGUCAGGAGGAGGCCACAGUAAAGCUCCAGAUAAAAGACAUGGCGAGGGAUUUGUGGAAUCAUAUCCGACAGUAGAUGUGCAUUUGUACCAGCUUGGAUUCAACACCACUUGGCUGCAUCUCAUCAAGUAUCUCAUGGAGCCCGUUUUCAACGUCUUAUAUCCUGAUUUCAAUUUCGCCUUUGAUAAUCCCAGAGCUGAUUACGGAGAUCCUGGCUUUAUGUUUGUGGCCCGGUACAGACCAGAAGACCAAAGUUUCCUCCGGCCGCAUCAUGACGCAUCAACCUACACUCUAAACAUGGCCUUAAACAUCAGGGGAAAAGACUACGAAGGGGGAGGCUGCAGAUUCAUACGACAGAACUGUUCAGUUACCGACUCCAAACCAGGCGAGGUGUUAAUUCAUCCAGGGAAGCUGACUCAUUUACACGAGGGUCUGAACACCACCAAAGGGACCAGGUAUAUCCUGGUUUCCUUCAUGCAGCCGAGGUGAACAG